AUGGGAAAUGAGAGAGAAGGGCCUCCCUCCACGGGUGUCUCCUUACAGCAGCAAUCUGCUGCUGCGCGUCUGACGCGGCAGGACAGCAGCAGCAGCAGCAGCAGCAGCAAAAACAACAACAGCAGCAGCAGCAGCUGCAACAAUGAUAGCAGCAGCUGCGACAGCAGCAGCAGCAGCAGCAGCAGCAGCAGCAGGUGGCUAGACCGCCAGGUCCUUGUAGGAGUUCGUUUCCGCCCUCCUACCCCGUCUCCAGCUUCCUCUCGUCGUACCCUCUCCCCUUCUGGGGCCCCCUCUGGGGGCCCCUCUGGGGGCCCCUCUGGGGCCCCCUCUGGGGGCCCCUCUGGGGGCCCCCCCGAGGGCCCCUCAGGACCCCUCCCCGAGGGGCCCCCUGGGGGGGCCCCUGAGGAUGGUGUUGGGGUUUCUCCUACAUCGAAGCUGCCGGGGGCCCCCCAGGGGGCCCCCCAGGGGGCCCCCCACGGAGUUUGCAGCGGCUCUCAGAGCGCGGAUGUUUCAUCGGGGGAGGGUACAGGGGCCCCCACCUCCACCUCUUCUUUAGUUAGUGUCACUGGGGGGCCCCCCAACGGCCUACGAAGGCCCCCCUGGGCGCGAAGGGGCCCCCAAGAUGCUCACUGGGCCCUCCGAGAGGAAGAUGCUGAUGGCUGGGUCCUAGCAGCCCCUUGGGCCUUAGAUCUGGGGGGCCCCCAGGGGGGCCCCCCAGUGGGGGGCCCCCAACGUCAGGGGGGGCCCCCCAGGGUGUGGGACGGGGUCAAAGAUGUAUGCUUUGAGGCGGACUGCGUGCUGCCGCCGGGGGCCCCCAACUCUGAGGUGUAUAUACAGCUGGUUAAGGACCUUGUUGCUGCUGCUGUGGGGGGCAGCAACGCUGCUGUGCUGGCCUACGGCCAGACAGCAAGCGGCAAGACCCACACGAUGUUUGGGGGGCCCCCUACAGCAAGCGGCAAGACCCACACGAUGUUUGGGGGGCCCCCUGUGGGGGCCCCCCCAAGGCAGAAUGGUAAGGGGGCCCCCCCCCGGGGGGCCCCUGAUAGGGGCCCCAGCAAAGGAGAAGAAAAAGGAAUUGUUGAGUUGGCUCUGAGAGAUAUAUUUAAAGCCAAAGAAGAAAGAGACAAAGACAACACAUAUACUGUCUCCGUCUCCAUGCUAGAGGUGUACCAGGAGACAGUCACAGACUUGCUGCAGGGGCCCCCAGGGGGGGCCGGGGGGGCCCUGGGGGGCCCCCUGGGGGCCCCACAGGAGGGGGGGCCCCAGGUACAGGGAACCUGCAUUCAGAUGCCCGGCCUAAGAGAGCCAUCACUCUCUGUGAGAGAGCAGACGGUGAGGCAGCGCAGGACACUGGAUCUGGGGUCUCUGUCUUGCUGCCCUGUCUCCUCGCUAGAAGAGGCCCUGUCUCUGCUGCAGAGGGGACAGCAGCAGCGGCAUGCAGCAGCAACAGCAGCAAACGCCCGCUCCUCCCGCUCUCACGCGGUCCUCCGCAUCGUUAUCACCCCAGCAGCAGCAGCAGCAGCAGCAGCAGCAGCAGCAGCAGCAGAUGCUGCAGCAACACCCGCAGCAACAGAAGCAGCAGGGAUUUCUUCUGGGGAGGGGCCCCCAAAGGAAACAGCUAGCUGGGGGGCCCCCACGAGGGGCCCCCGUCGCGCUUCUGUUUUAAGUCUGGUGGACUUAGCUGGCUCAGAGAGUGCAGGGGCCCCUACUGGGGGCCCCCCAGGGGGGCCCCCUGGGGGCCCCCAAGGAAACCCCACAAGGCAACGAGAGGGGGGCAGCAUAAACCGUAGUCUUCUUGCUCUCUCCAAGGUAGUCAAGGCCCUGACGCAGCAGCAGCAGCAGAAGCAGCAGCAGCAGCAGCAGCAGCAGCAGGAUGUUGUGGGAUGUGCAUCAUCAUCUUUUUCAGAGACAGUCACAGACUUGCUGCAGGGGCCCCCAGGGGGGGCCCCCCAUGGGGGGGGCCCCCCUGGGGGGGGCCCUGGGGGGGCCCCUGGGGGGCCCACAGGAGGGGGGGCCCCAGGUACAGGGAACCUGCAUUCAGAUGCGCGGCCUAAGAGAGCCAUCACUCUCUGUGAGAGAGCAGACGGGACACUGGAUCUGGGGUCUCUGUCUUGCUGCCCUGUCUCCUCGCUAGAAGAGGCCCUGUCUCUGCUGCAGAGGGGACAGCAGCAGCGGCAUGCAGCAGCAACAGCAGCAAACGCCCGCUCCUCCCGCUCUCACGCGGUCCUCCGCAUCGUUAUCACCCCAGCAGCAGCAGCAGCAGCAGCAGCAGCAGCAGAUGCUGCAGCAACACCCGCAGCAACAGAAACAGCAGGGAUUUCUUCUGGGGAGGGGCCCCCAAAGGAUACCGCUAGCUGGGGGGCCCCCACGAGGGGCCCCCGUCGCGCUUCUGUUUUGAGUCUGGUGGACUUAGCUGGCUCAGAGAGUGCAGGGGCCCCUCCUGGGGGCCCCCCAGGGGGGCCCCCUGGGGGCCCCCAAGGAAACCCUACAAGGCAACGAGAGGGGGGCAGCAUAAACCGUAGUCUCCUUGCUCUCUCCAAGGUAGUCAAGGCCCUGACGCAGCAGCAGCAGCAGAAGCAACAGCAGCAGCAGCAGCAGGAUGUUGUGGCAGUAUGUUCUGAGGGGCCCCCUCGGGGCCCCCAGGGCCCCCGGGGCCCCCGUAUCCCUGGGGGCCCCCGUCGUGCUGUACCCCCCUUUCUCGGGCUAAGAGAGUCAAAGCUAACUCGGCUGCUCAGCGACUGCUUGGGGGGCCCCUGCAGGACAGUUGUUAUUUGUCUCUGUAUUCCGGGUGUCUCCUUUUACAGACAAACAGCAGCAACUCUCGCCUUCGCAAGGAGCGCACGCAAGCUACCCCCUGUACCCGACGGGGGGGGCCCCCUAGGGGGCCCCCUAGGGGGCCCCCAGGGGGCCCCCAAACAUAAACGACCACGCACAGCACAUGCAGACACAGAUACUAAUACUGCUGCUGCUCCUGCUGCUGCUGCUGCUGCAGCAGCAGCAGGAAGCGACUGCUUGGGGGGCCCCUGCAGGACAGUUGUUAUUUGUCUCUGUAUUCCGGGUGUCUCCUUUUAUAGACAAACAGCAGCAACUCUCGCCUUCGCAAGGAGCGCACGCAAGCUACCCCCUGUACCCGAGGGGGGGGGGCCCCUAGGGGGCCCCCUAGGGGGCCCCCAGGGGGCCCCCAAACAUAAACGACCACGCACUGCACAUGCAGACACAGAUACUAAUACUGCUGCUCCUGCUGCUGCUGCUGCUGCUGCAGCAGCAGGGGGAUCUGCAGCAGCAGGGCCUGGGGGCCUGGAGGAAAGCACGCAGGAUGGCAGCUCUUCAGGGGGCCCCUCAGGGGGGGGGCCCCCAGGGGGCCCCCCCCCAGGGGGCCCCCACCGGGGUGUUGUGUAUGUACCCACGGGGUGUCUACAGUGUCGUGCUCUGUAUAAAGCGCUGCAGGAGGCGAGGGAGGAGCUGGCCUGGCAGAAGGUGCAGCUAAGACAGCUGAGAUAUGUAGUAAGCAGAGGACUGCCUGCUGCUGCUGCUGCUCCUGCUGCUGCUGCUCCUGCUGCUGCUGCUGCUGCUGCUGUUGGUAGUAACAACAGCAGCGAGAGAAGUAACAGCAGCAGUUGUUACAGCAGCAGCAGCAGCAGCAGCAGCAGCAGCAGCAGCAGCAGCAGUACGCCGCGAAGAGACAAACUAUGGCACGAAUACUCUCACAGCUGCGGGCCUUCUGGGGUAUCUGCAGCAGCAAAAGAAGAGCUUGCUGCUGCUGCUGCUGCUGCUACUGCUGCUGCUGCUGCUGCAGCUACUACGCCGCAGCAGCUCAUAAAAAGCUGCGGACGAGGGAUUUCCUACAGAACCCCACAGGGGGCCCCUGUCAAUACACCGGGGGCCCCCCGGGGGCCCCUCUUGGGGCCCCAUGAGCCCAAGGAGUGCAACUAA